AGUCGGGCUGCUCCAAGCCGAGCGCGCCCAUAUUACCCGAGCACCAUUUUUUAAAAAAAAAAAUCCAAGGAACCACCAUCCCCCUCACCCCUCACGAAUUCAAUGCAGACCAAAUUCAAUCCCAGCAAGAAAGAAAAGCAAGAAAAUCCGCCAAAAUGUCCAUGACAGUCGAAGACUGCACGCGAGUCCGCCCGGGCUUCCCGCGCCCGUUCCCCACCACCGCAUCAAACGUCAUGCAGCAGCUCAGCAUGGCCGGCAAGGUCGUGAUUGUGACGGGCGCCGCGGAUGGAAUUGGGUAUGCGGUUGCAGAGGCCAUGGCCGAGGCAGGAGCGGAUGUUGGGAUGUGGUAUAAUUCGAAUGAUGUUGCGAUCCGGAAAGCGAAGGAUCUUGCACAGACGCAUAGUAUUAGGGCAAUUCCUUACAAGGUUGAUGUCUCCGACUCGCAGCAGGUCCAGGUCACCAUCGCAAAGGCCGCGCAGGACUUUGGGAAGAUCGACGUGUUCAUCGCGAAUGCUGGCAUGGCGAUCUCAAAACCCAUCCUCGAGCAAACAAUCGACGAAUACCGCAAGCAAAUGUCCGUCAACGUCGACGGCGUCCUCUUCUGCGCCAAAUACGCCGGCGAGAUCUUCCGCUCCCAAGGACACGGCAACCUAAUCAUAACCUCCAGCAUGAGCGGGCACAUCGUCAACGUCCCCGUGGACCAACCCGUCUACAACGGGAGCAAAGCGUUCGUGACGCAUUUUGGGAAAUCGCUCGCGCGCGAGUGGCGCGAUUUCGCGCGGGUGAAUAUCGUUUCGCCCGGGUUCUUCGAUACCAAGAUGGGGGCGGGCCCCCUCGCACUGGACGAGGCGUAUCGCAUGGCGGCGCUGGGGAGGCAGGGACAUGUCAAGGAGAUCAAGGGGUUGUAUUUGUACCUGGCGAGUGAUGCGUCGAGCUAUAUGACGGGGAGUGAUGUGAUUAUUGAUGGGGGGUAUGUUUUGUCGUGAGUGGGGAUAUAUAGAGAUAGAUACUAGAUCUUAAUGUACUAGAAUAUGGAAUCCCUCCA